AUGAAAAUUUGUUUUAAUUUCACAAAAUAAACUUUUUGCAAUCGAUCCUUUGCUCAAGCAGAUGUACCAUUUGUUGCAUAUUAAGCAGGUAUAAAUUAUCUAAAUAUUUUAGGUUUAAGUUUUAACAUGGAUUUAAAUAGUCCAUUUAGAUGGACUCCUAAAAUCUAGAAAAUUGAAUAAUCACCUGAAUUUUUAAAGAAGAUGAAAUAUUUUCAAAGACUUACAAUUAUGGAAGAUCAACAUUAUUCUGAACUUAUUGAUACAUUUCUAUUUGAAGCACUUAAAAAUACAGAUUUUGAUUACUACUAUGAUUAUAAAUGCGAAUCCAAUCCCUAGUACAUAUAUAAACAUAUAUAAUAUUAGUUGUCCUUUUUAUGGAACGGUUCCAUUUUUAAUAUAUAAUAAAGUGAAUAAAUAUCCAAUAAUUCCAGUGUUAAGAUCUAAACCAAUUAAUGCAUUCACUUUAGUCGCAAAAGAAAGAGAAAUGUUAAUAACUGAGACUGUUGCUGCAGGAUUAUGGGCAUUAACCAAUUCUUAAGUUUAAAAAUUAAAUAGUGUAAGAAUGCUAUAAACAGAUGGUAAUCAUUGGAGAAUGUUAGAACUAUGUAAAAAUGAUAUAUAUAUAUAUUAAGGUAAAAAUGAAAGAUUUAAAAAAACUGGUAUAUAUUGUUAAGAAAAUGAUAGUUAUAGUAAAAUCUAUUAUGAUUACGAAGUCUAAUAGAUUGUUCUCGGAUUAAUUAGACAUUCUUUAAAUCAAAUGGAUGAAAAAGAAUAAGCUUUAAAUUUAAUCUAUGACUUUGUUGAUGAAAGAAGAUAUUUGACACAUGAAGGUGCUCCUUCGAAACCAACUGCAAAGUUUUGGAAAUUUGUACCAUAAUCAAUUAAGAACUUUUUCUUUUGA